AGCGUCACUGACCUGCUGUUGAUGUUUUAACCCUCACUCACCUUUCGAGAUAACAGCCAUGUCUUUUCAGCAAGGAAGCCUAGAUAUCAUUCUCGAGCCUGGAGAAAACACUCUGGAGGACAUCAACUUCACGGGUGGCUUUCCGACUUCUCGAGACCUCGCACCGUCCAUUCUCUUCAUCGUACUGUACGCCUUGACUUUGCCUGUCCUGAUCUGGAGGAUCGUCUCCCCUCAGUAUCGCUCUUUGCUCCUUCUCCGGCCAGCCAUGUUCUUCACUUGCCGAAUGACAUCCCUCAUCAUCCGAGCUAUCAUGUCCAAAGUAUCGAGCUACAGUCUGGGACUGCUCGUGGCUGAGCUCGUCCUGAUUUCAGUAGGGUACUUGUUCCUGAUCGAGCCGGUGAUCAUAGCUUGGAAACGGCUCAUCUCGGCUCAGUAUCACUCGAGUAGCUCUCGUCAUCCACCCACAUGGCUCAAUGCUGUGAAGAAUGGAUUAUUGGUCGCGUUGAUAUCGACCAUUGUGAUCUUUGUGGUAUCGGGUAUCGUCUCGUCUCAAUCUCCCGCCCACCCAAACCUCCUGCAAGUUGUCAGGAUCCUCAGAGAGAUUUCUUACAUCCUGUCUCUAGGCAUCUCUAGUCUUUUGCUAGUCUUGGUCAUCGUGACGGGCAAAGUCUUCAAGCUGCCCGUGAUCAGAACUGCUUUCUUAGUGUCGCUCGCUGCUGGCAUGGUCACCACUGGGGCGUACCGGGUGGCUCAAACGUACUCAGUAAACCCAGAUUCCCCGGCGAGAUCUCUAGCAGCUUUCUGGGUCCUACAGAUCUCAGUCGAAUACGUCAUUUAUACACUCUUCCUGACCAUCUCGCUGCCUAAAUGGUUUCCAGCAGGCAAGGAGGAGGUGGAUACCGCAGGAGUGUGUAAUAAUGACCUUGAAAUCGGGUUGGUCAAUCAUCGUGCGACUGUCUCACAAGAGGUGAAGCUGAGGAAGAGGCCCUGGUAUCUCAAAGGCCCCGUCACCCGAUUCCUAGUCAGGGAUCGGUAUCAAGACUAGCCGUUACCGCGAUUGUGAGGACGCGG